UGUGACUAAAAUCAUGACUUCGUUCAAACACACACAGGGUAUCAUAUUACUAUUAAACGUCCUAUAGUCAGUUUGAGUACAUCGGACAAAUGCUUUGGAAGAAUAUGUUCGAACGUUUUUGGAUUAGCUGGUAUAUCGCUUUGUAGGACAUAUUACUUCACAUUGGAUUAUUGGAAUUUGCCAGAGGGUAAGCCGGUUUGAAGCAGAAAAAGAUUUAAACAAGAAAGGAAUGGCAGUAUGGAACACCAUAGUCAGGACACGACCAACCAAUCACCGCUCACUCUCCCUCGAAACAGUAGCACAAACUACGGUGCGCUGUCCGGGUCAACUGUUCUUGAUAUUGCAAAUGACGAUGGUGUGGAACACAUGAACGUCAUCCACGAUGAAAGUGGGAGAGAUAGUGAUUAUAGAAGCUGGAGUUCUCCUUCUUCGGAUAGCAGUAACGAAACUGGAAGUACCAACCAGAUUAAAGGCGUUUCUGGGGAUAAUUAUUGUGGAUUAAACGGUGUAACAGUGGAUUUGACUGCGGGAAAUUCGUCCCAGGAAAACGGUGUGUCAUUUCGGACUUCGAAUCCAAAAAUAUCCAAUGAGGAUACAAAACACGAUAAUCUUGUCAGCAUUAAACCUUUAACUGAAAAUACUAAAAGCAACGUGAACAAAGUCAAUUAUAAACCGCUAAAUGAUAGUUAUGACAAGUCCCUAGAAUAUCUUAGUCAAUACAUGUCUAAUAAAAAUGCACCUUGGCCUCUGGCCGAGGGCAGUGUGGAGUUACCAAAUAAUUCAUUAUCGGAUUCGAAUUCCCCUAAUUUUAGACCAAAAUCUCGUGAAUCUAUAUAUUCUCCUACGCAUGAAAAUGAUACUGUAAAUACUAACGCAGAUGGUGGUAAAAGUGAUGAUGGUGAUGAUGAAGAGGAGGAGGAGGAGGAGGAGGAGGAGGAUACCUCUUUAAAUUUGAGAAAAUUAACACGAAAUCAGUACAUAGUACUUGUCUGUACGUGUUUUACAAACUUGCUGUGUUUUCUAAGUCUUUCCAUUUUAGCACCGUUCUUUCCGCUCGAGGCGGAUAAGAAAGGCGUCAGCACCACGGUGUCGGGGUGGAUUUUUGGCAUUUAUGCCUUGGUGCAAUUUCUUACCUCCCCUUUCUUCGGACGAUUGAUGCCGAUUAUUGGGAGCAGGUUUAUGUUCUUGGCUGGGCUCUUCAUAUGCGGUGGAUGUACGCUUUUAUUUGGGGUCUUAGACCGUGUGGACGUUUCCGGAGGAACGGAUAUGUUCGUGGCCUACUGUUUCGUCACUAGGGUCCUACUGGCUCUCGGCGGUACUGCGGUCACUAAUGCUGGCUUUGUCAUCAUGAUUAAGGCGUUUCCUGAUAACAUAGCCACCGUGUUUGGUAUCGGUGAGGUGUUCACGGGGAUUGGUAUGAUUGGAGGACCAGCACUUGGUGGACUUCUUUACACCGCGGGCGGGUUUUUGAUGCCAUUUGCUGUGGUUGGUGGCGCAACAUUCCUUUGUCUUCCUAUCGCCCUAUGCCUUCUUCCACAUCAAUAUGACAUCACAGAUGCGGAAGAAGAUGACAUGUCCAUCCGUAAGCUGCUCUUCUCUCCACGGUCCAUCGUUAACAGCAUAGUGAUCGUCAUUGGUGCUUCCGUGUGGUCAAUUCUGGACCCGACACUUGAGCCGCACCUCCGAGUGUAUGGUUUGGGUCCAGAGAUGGUUGGUGUGCUGUUCCUCAUCAUGGCGGCGCUUUAUUCCGUGACGUCACCGCUCUGGGGCAGACUGGCAGAUCACGUGCCUGACAAUCGUGUAAUUCUCGUCCCCGGCCUAAUCCUGUGUGCAGUAGGGCUUUUACUCGCCGGCCCGUCCCCCUUGCUGGGAUUCGCGCUCAGUUAUAACAAGAUAUGGAUGACCAUUCUGUCCUUGGUGAUUCUCGGGGUCGGUUCCAGCAUGUGUAUAAUUCCAACCUACGACAUCUACAUAGAUAUUGUCGAUGACCUUGGUUACCCAAACAGCACAAGAACGUACGGUAUGGUGUCCGGUCUUUGGGUGUCUAUGUACGCCCUUGGAGACUUCAUUGGUCCAAGUGCUGGCGGGUUUGGGUUUGAACAAAUAGGCUUUGAGUGGCUAAUGACGGUGGUGGCCACCGCUUGUGUGCUUUGUGCAAUACUUGUGUUAGUUACCUGGCUUGUCGAACGAAAAUGUGUCAGGAAGGUCGACAAAAUCACCAUCAUCGAAGUUGAUGACGUCACUGAGAAGACGCCAUUGUUAUCUACAGCAGAUUCUGAUGACGUCAUGCGUUCUUAUCCUCCGGGAUCUGUAUUUAAUGGGUCGUCAUCGGUUUAGAAUUUAGAAAACAAAAUCAACGAGGUCGAAAAGACUGUAAAACCACAAACUGAAUCAUUUUAAAUCAGUGAUAAAAAUGAUCUACAAUGAAUUCGACCUCAUCUUACCAAACAAACUGUAUUAAUGUUCACAUACAGCUAAACCAUCGUUAUGAGCAUAUGACAAAGUGAAAAUACUUGAUAUUACUCCAACAGUGUGUGUAUACCACGUGAUAAAUUACGUCAUAUAUGCUACGUCGGAUUGCAACAUUUUGCUUAA